UAAUGGCGGAUGCGCUUGCGUGAUGCCGGUAUCGUGUUUUUAUUGCAUUUAGUUUGGCGUCAUUUUGUGUGAAUUUGUGAAACAGUUAUUAUUGGCAUUUUUUAUCUAAAUACCACAGUUCGUCAUCAUGGUAGCCCAAAAGAAAGGUCGCGGAGCUAAAACUCAGGCAGCCAAACCCAAGCCCGCUGAAGAUGUCGUUGAAGAAGCAGAAGUUCCAGAACAAGCCGAAGAGAACAAUGGCGUAUCGGAUCAAGUUGAGCAUGGAGACGACGGAAUCGCUGCUGAAGGCGCUGAGAACGCUGAUGAGUCUACGGAGGGCGAUCAGAAUCAAGAAAAUCCUGAUGGCGAAACAAAAACUGAAGAGAAGCAGGAGGAAAAAGUAGAAACUGGUAAAUUGCUGGUCGAGAACCUCCCUUCGAGCUACCUCUUCGACUACCAGGAAAAGCUCAAGGAGUUGUUCUCAAAACACGGGGAAAUCAAUACAGUCAAACGUGGUCCAAUCAUUGUAACUGAACUGACCACAACUCCGACAUUAUCGGCUAUAGUCGAAUUCAAAAACAAAGACAGUCUGGAAAAGGCGCUGUCGGAGCACGGCGCCGUGGUGGAGGGGCACGCGCUCUCCGUGGCGGUGGAGUCACGCGCCGAGACCGCCGUGCUGGUGGGGGUGCCCUACGAGGCCAGCACGGACUACGUGCGUCUUCUGUUCGCGCACUGCGGCGAUGUGGCGCACAUCCACGAGUUCAGCAAGACCAAGUACAAGAUCUUGCGGGUGACAUUCCACGACAAGGAGUCCGUCGAGAAGGCGCUGAAGCUGGACCGCGAGCUCCGCAUCAACGGGUUCCUCGUCACCGUCUCCAAAUAUCGCGACGAAGACGAACAGAAAGCUCAUAAUGCAAGUAUUAACAAGAACAAGCGGCAGCACCCGCAGCAGCAGAACCGCAACGCUGCGAGCGCCGCCAACAACACCAGCAGCCCCGCCGGCCGCGCCAACAACUUCCGGUCCCGCGGGAGCUCCUUCAACGCGCAGGGGAACUUUAGAGGCACGCGCGGGCGCGGCGGCGGCGGCGGCUUCGGGCGCGGCGGCGGCUUCCCUCGCGGCGGGUUCGCCCCCGUGACGUCAUACAUGCCGCCGCAGGGCUUCCUCGCCAGACCCAGUUACCUGUAGUACAGCAUUGUUCACUGACAAGGGCGGCUUCAUCAACGACGGACAACGGCCGAACAAGCGGCUGAGGAAGUACUAACCGGAGAUUGCAACGUAGUUAUUAAGGAAGUUGUCGUGAUCGUUCCGUGUCCGUGUGUGUGAGUGUGCGCGUGUAAUCUCACUCUGUACAGUUUAAGUUCAACGUAAUGCUUAUAGGAUCCGGAUAAUCAUGACUCAUCUCGAGUCCACAGACUUGUUUUAUAUUAGGUCCGACCGACAAUAUAAUGUGGAGUAAAUAAUUAUUAGCAUACAGAAAUAUUUAUAUUAAUGGAAUCUAAUAAACUAUUGGCCACCUCCUCGGGCUUGCGUUUGUAGUGGAUGUUUGCACGUGCUCCCGCGGCGCAGUGCUGUUAACCGCAAAAGUUGAUCACCAACCAACUGGGUCUGACCUAAUAUAAUUCAGCUCUUAAUGUUAGUUCACUCUUCAACGUAGGCCAUACAAAUAUUUAUUUAGAAUAUUGAUGAACAUAGUUUUACAAUAAAAUAAAAUUAACCUAUAAAAUUAAAUAUUGCUAAUUUUUUCGGUAGUUGAUAUGAAUUUUAAAAUAUUGAGUAGUUUCUGUGAGUAUUCAAAUAUGACAAGAUUUCGAUUAUUCUAGAAACAGUUUGAUUUAGCCUAUUUUGCCUUUACUGGGUUGACUUCUGUGUUCACCAGUGUGCUGUGAGAGUGAACUCGUAUUAAAUAGCAUCAAAUUAUGAUACGUUAUGCACAUUUUAUUAAAUGAUCAAGGUUUUUCUAUUCUGUAAAAAAUAAUUUCGUUUUACGUAAAUUGUAUCGAGAAAGAUUAUAUAUGAGACAACAGCGACAAACGGCCUUCGCUUCGAGAUAAAAUAUAGAAUUUUUUUAUAAUUACUUUUAUUUCUUUUCACGUUUUGGUGGAAUGAUGUAUGUCGCUCUGACACCAGAGCACGCCGAUGAUUGUGUAGACAACACAACCAGAUAUGCAAAGUUCACUAAUACAUAAGAAUUCAUACUAAUGUUAUUAUUAUAGGAGAAAUAGCCGAAUCGGCUAUUUAUAAAAAUAUUGCAAUUUUGUAUAAGUAAGAAAAUAAGUUUCGAUGAUUUUGUGAAAUUCAAGAUCCUUUUGGGAAGUUGUAAACUAGUUUUACAUGAUUUUGAAGUUCAGUCAUUGAGAAACAAAAUCACUAUUUCAUUAAACCUGAAACAUAAUGAAUUAAUAUAAUCCAAAUGCAACGAUUUAAUAAAUUAAAAGAUUUUAAAACUUGAAAUAAACAGUAUUUGAGGGAGGCAGUAUUUGAGAUCGUUUUCUGUAGUUUGAAUAAAUAUUUUAAACACUUUUAUCUUGUAUUAAUUUUAUGGAGUUCUGAGAGUUCGGAGUUGCGAAUUAAACCUUUUAAAGUUACGGGGGGUUUGAGAAUUUUAGUACUUAAACUACAAGGCUUAAGCAACGUGAAUUCAUCGUAUUAAAUAUCUUUACCUUUUGAAGCAGGUUGCAUUAGUCACAGAGUAUCAAGAAAUUUUUAAUUGUAUUUAUUUUUCGUGGUAAACAUAAAAUUAUAUCUGUGGCGGAAAACAAUGUAUUUCAUUUACAUUGUUAAGAGUUUUUUUAACUCUGCUCUGAAUGCACCUACAUCUAAUUGAUUCACAGGUCGAAAAAAUACAAAUGGCAAAAUACAAUUAUGAAAUUUAAUGAAAUCUAAUGAAUUGUUUGUAAUGUUUGUUUGAUUUGAAUUUAAACCACGGGUGAAUUAUUUUAUGUAUCGAGUAUAAAUUGUGUGCUUAGACGUACGCUAAUGUAAGCGAGAAUGUUAACGAUGGAGCGUCGGCGCUAUCGAAUGAGGUAAAAUUGUUUUAUAUUGCACUUAAAUACAUAACAUUAAUUAACAUUAAAUACAAAACUAUUUUUGUUCAAGUAAUUAAUAGCAAGCAAUAUUUGGACAAGGCAUUUCAAUAACAAAAUUUCUAAACACGAGAAAUCAGAUUUAUUAGAACAAAAUUAGAGAAUAAAUCAUUACAUGUUUCACUUGUAAAGUGAAUUUUAGAGCGCUAGACUUGAAGAAAAUCUCACACAUGGUCAAGACUGUAAACUCGCUAAUAUUAUUAUUAGAUGACUGGAAAACUACAUUUAUUUGGCGAGCUUAACCAUAAAGAACUUCAGAGUCCAGUUUUCGUCAACCCGGCAUGUAAAAAGUAGGUAUAUGGCUACGUCGCUAUCACCAAGAAAAUAAUUUAUUUGACCGCGAUUUUAGUUAUUGUCAUGUCAGUAACCACCAGCAUUACUACAUACCUUCGUUUUCGCCAACACCGUUCAUACAUAUAUCUUACUAUGCUUUGAUACAACAUGUACAUUUUAAAACAAUUUUAUUCUUAUAUUUAAGUUCGAACUCAUAAUUAUAUAGAUAAAUAAAAUCAGUAUCUCGCUUACAUG